AUGGCCUCCAAAGCAUCCAGGAAGGCCGCAAAGAAGGCCAAAGCUGCCUCCGCAUUCUACGAGGAGGACUUGCGAGAUAUAUCAGAACCCGAACCUCCACGUUUACCAGAUCCGUUCCGAUUUCUCGAUUUGCCAUCGGAAAUCCGGGUGGUGAUCUACCAUUUCGUGUUAUUCACCCCCACGAAGAAAACCGCCAAAUUAAACCCCGGCUCGGUCGGUGCCUCUGCGAAAAGGGCCAAAGCCGUAGCGCCAACUGCACAACGCAUAGCCUUAUUUUUAGUUUCGCGCCGUGUCCACGAUGAAGCCAGCCAUUAUUUCUACUCGACACAAAUUUUCCGCGUCUUCACCAUUCAAGAUUUCUCGCGCCGCCCGACCCUCCGAGGGAUACCCCGCUGCUACCGCCCCUUGAUCGGCACCGUUGAGUUGAUUCUUGGAAAUAGUUGGACAGCACCACCAAAGACAUGGAGUGUCGACAAGGGUCUGGGACUGCAGGAUAUGGCGCUCACGCGCACGUUGAAACUCUUUAUCGAGUGCGAUCCUUCUCAGCCAAUCUUCGAGGGCUUCCGAAUCUCCAAGGAGUAUUACACUGAGUUCUGCGGCAGAUUAGUGAAAGAAAUACUGGCGGGACUUCCGGCCUUAGAGUGGGUGGAAUUCGAUGCAUAUCCAUCGGUGCAGAAGAACGGUUCUCUUAUGAGCCGCUUACUAUAUGAAACCCGCAAGGCCAACAAGAAGGUCAAAUGGGGCCCCGAGAGAGGCUGGACAGAUCUCAAUGAUAAGGGCUUCAUGAUCGAGGAGGAACCACUGCCGACUAUUACUGCCUCUGCUCCUGCUCCUCCCACCGUGGACCAGUCACGCCCAUACGAAUCUGCACAUAUUGAUGAAUUAACCAAUAGAGUUCAGGAUAUCAGCCUGAAUAUGAGCGCUCAAACUGCAGUUUACAAUUAA